UUUUCAUCAAAUCUGUUUCGCAUAAAUCUUCUGUUAAAAUUCACUGUUUCUAUAAUAUGUUGCUCUUGACGUCUGUCGGCCGACCUGUCUGUCUUAACUCUGUUAAUAAAAUGUGUUCUCGAUUCAUGGCUGGCUGUAAAAAUACAGGUUGCGUUCAAGAGAAGAAGUGUAAAAAGUCUGAACCGAAAAAACAAGAAGAUAGUUGUAAUAAGUCCUGUUGUCAAAAAAAAGACAGAUGUAAACCUCCUAAACCGAAAAAGGACGACUAUUGCUUGGAGAAUGCAUGUAAGCCAUUGCUAAAACCGAAGCCAAAACCCAAAAAAGAAUAUCCAAGAGAUAAAUGCACUUUGGAACAAAAACUAAAAUGUGGAGUUCAGAUAGAUGAGUGUUGUAAAGUCGAAUGUCCAGAUGUUGUACCUCGUUAUGACGAUCUUUAUUAUUGUACAUCAGAUAAGGCUAAGCGUAAGUAUACGCAAACAUGGAUAGAGUGCCCCGAACUAAGAAGGGUGAAAAAGGUUGUGUGUUGCUAUGAAAAUCUGAAAAUGCCAAAAUUUGAAAAACGCUGCAGAGGAGAAGUACCACAAACCGCGUGUUCAACGGAUAGAGAGGAUAGGACGUUAAUGGAAUGCGGUAAAGAAGAAAAUCCGAGGUGUGCUAGGAUAACGUCGCGAUGCUGCAGGCCAUCCAGAUAUCCUCCGAAAUGUAACGUUGAUAAAUAUCCUACACACUGUGUAAAGUGCACUACUCCAUAUCCUAGCUUCUCUGAGUGUAAGCGUGAAAGGCCAUCAAAACCACAUCCAAAAGAGUGUAAUUGUCUUGAAAUUCCAGCAUUAUGUGAUAUAUAUGCUGAGCUAAGAAAAAGGAAAGGAAAAAAAUAGAUUUCUGUUAAAACAAAUGACAUACAUUUUGAUCCGAUGUAAGUUCAACUUAAUUUUCAAUUAUGAUAAUUUUAUGUCAUUUGGAUCAGUCAGUCCAUUGUCACUGUAGAGAUUUCUUACUAUAUUUUGCUGAAGUCAUUCUAUAACAUAACGUGCAAUCUGAUUUCUAAGAAACGUUUUACACAGCAGAUAAAUUUCGAGAGCAUUUUGAAAGGCAUAUUGUAAAUGCUUCGUAAGAAUAACUUUUUUGCCGCACUCCGAAAAAUGGCAAAAUAUAUAUAUAUAUAGCUCUAAGUUGGAGAUAUUUUAUGUAACCGUUGAAUGGUGCAUGAUUGAAACGUGAUAAACAUGCUGUUCAUCUAAAAAUCUUUAUUUCUUAAUAAACUACACGCACCAAAUUCUUGAGAACUGAAAAUGGAUGUUACGGGAAUAAUCUUUAAAUUCUAGCAUUUUCAAAGACUGAAAGACAGGGAUGUCUUCAGGGACGGUGCCAGUACGUGUAACAGUCUAAGUGUUUACUAUCUCUCGAGAGUACUAUGUGAUUUCUGUUUGUCAAUAACGGAAAGAUUGUCACAAACAAAAGAUUACAAAUAUCUCCGCUUAGAUAGAUUAAAUCAAUGAUUCCAUUUAAGCACAAUUUGAUGAACACAUUGUUAUCUAUUUAUGAUCAUUGAAGAAUGCUGAAAAACCAAAAAUGAAUGGUAAAAUAUUUCUUGCAACAUCUUAAGCUACAGCUUUUCCACAUAAACAAAGUUAUCACAAACAGAACUUUGCAAAUAUCUCUAGUUAAGCAGACUCCAGAAAGAUGAUGGUGAAUGUUUCCUGGAAAGAAGUCACUGUAGUAAUAUCAGUAGCAGUAUGCUGCAAAUACCUUCAGUAUAAAUAUCUUCUACAAAUAUCUUCUACUUAAUAUUAUACUCUAUGGAGCGACAAGUCAUAAGUUAUUGUCAGCAACUUGAGAGUAGCAUUGUAUUAAAUGCAAGGAUACAGAUGCUUAUUUUAGAGAUAAUAUUUUUUGACAUACUUGUGACCAUUAGAAAAUGCUGUAUUAAGGAAACGUUAAAAAUAUGCCAUUUAUACCAAAUACCGUAUUCCGUAAAACAGAAAACUUCAGGCCAUAAACUCCACGUAUAUAAAAGUGAAUGUUACAUGGAAAUAACUUACUAGAGCAUUAUAACUUGGAGUUGGAUGCAAGUAACUUAAGCUGAAGUUAACUAAUAUAUUUUCUUAUGCUCACAAACUCUCUAGAACAGUAAGUCAUGAGUUCUUGUUAACAACCAAAAGUGACUUCAUAUUAGCAAGGUUUGUCAGAAAUGCAACAUAACAAACGUCUUUAGUUAGGCUGAAUUAACCAAAAAUUCUGUUUGGACCUAUACUAGAUUAUUAUAACUUCUUUGGGAAUAUUGCGGACCAAUGCUGCAUGCAUAAAAAGCGGUAAAAAUGACAUUUUUCUAAAUUUCAUACUCCAUGAAACAAAAACUUCAACCGCAAAGCUCCGGAGAUUCGGAAAUGCAUGUUUCAUGGACAGAACGCCCUGGAGAAUUAUCAGAAUUCUAUUAUAUAAACUUACACUCUUCCUUACACUCAGAGACACCUCUGCAAUUUUCUUACACCUCUGCAGCGCUUGAAGUAGUAUUGUCAUAAAUGAUAGGUCACGCAACUUACCAGUUGAACAGAUAUAACCACCGACUUCGUUCAGACCUAAUCUGGAGAUCUUGUUAUGACUCAUUGGAGUCCAUUGGAGAUAACUAGACGAAUUAAACCGAACACACAUGUCAGGUAUCCCAAAAACUUUAUUAUGUGAAACAAAAACUUCAAACGCCAAACAGCAGGCAGAAAAAAGUCAACAUUUUAUUGAAGAAAUGUUCGUGGCAUUUUUAAAAAUGGAAGGAUAUGAAUAUCUGCAACAACACUCAUUUCAACAACGAAAAUGCUUCAAGUCUAAAAAGCAUGGCAAAUUCCACGAAUGCUGAAUGCUGCGGAACUAAUUGCAGCUUUGUCAGAAGCCAAAAGAUUUAAAUAUCUUAAGCUGCAGCUAAUCCAUUUAGACUAGCACUAGCAACUCUUGAAAAAGAAACGCUAUUGUUACCUAUCAAUAACUCAAUAACAGCACUGUCAUAAAUGCAAGGCUAUACAUGCAUUCAAAAGCAAUAUACGAAUACUGCGAAUGGUAACGAGUCCAUUAUAAUACUAUCAGAAACAGGAGGACUUUGACCAGCACUGACAACAAAGACGAUUACUCAAAAACACUCGAAAAUGCCAUUGGGAGUGCUAUAUGCAUAAAACGCAGAAAGAGCUCCUUUUUCAGAACUCCUUGCUUCGCAACAACUUUAAGGGUCAAAUUCUCGAGAAGUAAAAGUAAAAAGGAAAGUAGAAAGUUCUGUGAAAAGAAGUUUCUGCAGCAGGCAAAACUCUCUAUAAACUCUCUAUAAAUAUUAACGACGUUGGAGGACUUUCUACAACAUUAUUCCAAGUGAAAGGAUACAAACGUUUUCAAUAGCACUAGUUCGACUUUGAGUAGUACCAGCGACAACGAAGAGUGCUGACAAGCU